GGACUAACACAGGACGUCAUGCCUCUUGUCCUUUUCAAACUGAAACCUAUCUUACCUUGAGUUCACUUAGAUUUGGUGCCAUGGUUGCAUGGAAGACUGCUCUAGGUUCUUUUUGUUAACUACUUAUCUUACACAACAGCCAAUACAUCGCUUAUUUUGAUUCUUGUAAUAUUAAGGUGAACCUAAAAAAUUUUCAACACGAAAAACUAUCUCCAUUAAUUCAGAUGCUGUUUUCAAAAAAAAACUAGGUUGGCCGAUAGAUACAGGAAUUUAUAAAAAAUCAAGUUCUCAAGUUUAAACUAACUGUAAGUCGUUUUAGUGUAUCGUGGAAGUCAUAGUAUGUCAAUAGAGCCGGUUUGAAGCUCGUUGCUGUGGUCUAUUUGUUCACCACAGUAAUGUCUCUCCCCGAGGUCGGGAGAAUAGCUUCUGAUACAACUUUCUUAUUGAAAGUAGUAGAAGAAUAUCUAGGUGGACCACCAUGGACUCAGGAAUAUGCAAAAAAUGAUGUUAAAGUUUGGUCCAAAGGGUCAAAAAAUGACCAGGUCAGGGCUUUCAAGGCGACCGCACUUUUCAAAGGAGUUUCAGGAUCUGAGUUAUUUGACUGCAUAAUGGAUUCUGCUUAUCGAAAGGAGUGGGACAAAUCAAUGAUUGAAAGUUAUGAACUGUGUCAAGUACACCCUCAAAGUGACAUAGGAUAUUACUCUCUUCGUUCUCCUCCGGGGUUGAAGAAUAGGGAUUUUGUUCUUCAGAGAACAUGGGAAAGGUUUGACUCGUAUUAUGUGAUUGCCUGCCACUCUGUAUUUCAUAAGGGGAUUCCUGUUCGAAAACAAUGUAUCCGAGCAUUAACCCACAUGAAUGCAUAUAUUAUUCGACAACUUGGUACAAAUUCCUGUGAAAUGACUUAUGUCACUAGCUGUGAUUUCCGUGGUAAAAUACCAAUUUGGGUAAUUAACAAGGCCACACAGUUUAUGGCUCCUCGAGCAAUUCAAAUAUUGUACAAAGCAUGCACUAAAUAUAAUACUUGGAAAAAAUCAAAUAAUCCUGAUUACAAACCAUGGUUAUAUCCUGAUCAAAUCAAUCUACCAUUGUUAUGUUGGGAUGAUUUAGAUCAAACUGCUAAUUUAGGACCUACUGAUGAUGAUGGUGAUAUUACAUCAUUACCUAGUGAUGAAUCUAUUCUCUUAGAUAGAAAUGAUAGUUUUAAUAGUCAAGAAGAACAAAGAGAUGUAGAAGAAGAAGUAGUAGUAGAAUUCGAUUCAGUACCUGUUCAAGAUCAAAUACAAUCAUGUGUCAAUGGAACUUCUAUUGGUACUGUAUCCGACUCUAGAUAAAUUGAUUGUAUAGACAGUUAUUUACUUGUUUGUUUGUCGGUUUGUUGGUGAUUAGAUGCACAAAUUUAUUUUGAUUAUGAAUGAUAUAUUGAACUUAUAUUAUGGUCAAUGGUUUUUAUGAUCACAUUUGUUUUAUUAAUGGAAUGGUAAUGAUAACCAACCAUGAGCUUUGUUUUUAUUUUAUUUUCUUCAAAUUAAACAUGAUGAUAAUGAUGAGGAGGAAAAAAUAGUUUUUCUUUCUCUGGUGAUUGUAUACAUGUUCAUUUGGUUGUUGAAUAGUAACUAUUAGACAUAGGUAUGUAAAAAUUGAUCGUUUAGGUGUGUGUGUGUGUGUUUGCCUCCUCUACCUAAUUGACAUGUACACAUUGAUACUUCCUGUUGUAUAAAAAGAAAACUGGUUCAUUUCUUAUAAUGUUUUUUUGUAAAAAGUUAUAACAACAGUUUAUUGAUUCCAUUUUGUAAAAUGCACAAAAUGUAUUUCUCAUUUGUUGUUAGUAUUACAUAAACGUAGAGGGGGUUGGGGAAAAGAUAUCAAAACUAGACUACUCUUCUCUUCUAUGCUUGAUACUUUGUUACCCUGUGAACUUAGUAAUGAGUUGUGUGUAUGUGUGUGUGUGUGCGCGCACAUCUUUUUGUGCAUAUAUAAAUACUCACCCGUUGCUCGAUAUUAUCUAAAAUAAAAACUAUAUUUUUGUAUUUUCUUUCAUUUGGGAAAAUUAUUGAAAAAUAAUAUAUAUAUGUAUUUUUAAGAAAUAUUUUUUUCAUUAAUACGUUUAGAGUUGAUUUGUUUGUUUGUAUGUUUUUUUUGUUGGGGGGGGGGUCCCUUUCUUUCAACCUCUUGUAUAUUGUAUUUUAUGUUUGCCCACAAAAAAUGAUUAUUUUAGAA